GGGACCAGCAGCUACCGCCUGGCACUGCAGAGGAUGGCAGGAGACCUGGUGUCCCUGCGGAGACACGUCACCAGCCUGGAGGUGGAGAACGGCCACCUGCGGCACAGCCUGGGCUCGCAGAGGGAGCUGGGCCAGGAGCUGCUCGACGAUGCCCACACGGAUGUCAUGACCCGGGAGGAGCUCCUGGACAGGCUUGCCACCCUCAAGCACAAGCUGGUGGUCAGCACGGAGGAGAUGAGGAGGCUGAAGGAUCGUGUCCAGAAGCUGCAGAAUGAGCUGAUCAGGAAAAAUGACCGGGAGAAGGAGCUGGUGCUGCUCCAGAGAGUCCACAGGCAGCAGCAAGUUGUGCUGAGGAGAUGCCAGAAGAAGGUGGCUAAGGCAAAAGUCUUAGAGGAGACAGUGCGGCAGCAGGAGAAGGUGAUCGAGGUGAUGGAGCAGAGCGGGUGCGAGAAGCUCACUGGAGUGGGCAGGAGCAUGGAGAAACCAGCAGGUGACUCCCUCCCAGGGGAGGUGUACACUGCGCUGCUGGCUGAGAACCUCAGGCUGAGGGAGGAGCUGGCCAGGAUCCCCCACCCU